AUGUCUUCUUUUGAUUAUAAUACCAAUGCAGCGCCGGAUAUGUUGCAGUUGAACAUGGAAAACAUUUCGAAAGAACUAAAUGAUUUGAUUGUUACUGGCGAACAAGAGAUUGGAAUAAUUCAUGAAUUUUCAAAGACUACGACGUCAGUGCCACCAUCUGCAAUAACUACGCCUGUAUUGCAAAGUAAUUUUCAAGUUCCUACUUAUUCCAAAAGAACAUUCCAUGGCCAGCCGCAUCCAUAUGCAACCAACGGAAUGCAAUAUAUGAAACAUAACCUCAAUUACUAUCCGACACUUCAGCAGCCAAUGGCUUGUGUAAAUAACUCUUUCAACAACUUUGCAGCCACUCAAACAUGUUAUACGCCCACAAAUUACUUGAGUGCUGAAAAGCAUAUAAAUCAUUCCAGUCUUGCGUCAUCACAGGCUCUAUACACAAACACCUCCAGUUCACCUACUUAUGAAUUUCAUUACUUACGUUCCAAUGAGGAAAAUGGAAAGAAGUUCUCUAACUCAUGUUCUUCUUUAGGUAGCAAUGGAGCUUAUCGUAAAGCACCAAGAUACGCUCAUAAGCAUUUUAACCAAAAAGUUCAAAAUACAACUACGGAAAACGAACAAAUUAAGGUAGACUUAUCUGUGUUCGAUUUCGAAAGUAGUGGCAAAGAAACCUCGAUUGUUCAUUAUAUUUUUGAUCUUUUACGCGAUUUACAUCGUGCCGUCGCUGAGAAGCCACCAUCAUAUGAGACGAACGAAGACAGUCAAUAUGUUGAAACAUUUGCUCCAUCCGAUACCAAAUCGACCAUGUCUUCUACUCUAAAUGUUCAGAAUCAAGUGAAACAGGCCUGUCGCAAGUUAACCAUAUUCAUUUGUGACAUGCAGCGCCUUUUGGCUGCCAACAAAGGGUUUGAUCUUAAAAUGGAUGCAGAAUGCGAAUACUAUUUGGGUAAUUUGCGUCAAUACCUGAAUCAAUUGGAAAUGUAUAAAUUAAUUGAAAUGGAACAUAAGCGUGGACAGUUUUUAAAAGAAAAAGUUAAAGCACAAGCCGAACGCCUGUCAUUAUUAUUAGAACAUAUAAAUCGACAAAUACGUGAAGUUCAUAUUCGUAUUGUGGCAUUUGAUUGGUAUAUUGGUGUUAAAUAUCGUGGAGAUGUUCAGGCAGCCGCCGCAAUCCAACCAAUUAAUAAUGUUAACGAUAAUAAAGAAAAUUCAAAAAUUGGUGUGAUUAAUGAAAUUUUACAAUUGUGCAAUACAACAACAAUUACAGCAACAUCAACAAUUUCAACAGCUAGUUUAAAUACACAAACAACAAAACCAGAAAUUAUCACCACCCUUAAUUCUCCAACGAAAUUGAUUAAUAACAAUAAUAUUAAUAAUAAAGAAGCAGAAGUGAAUGUGAAACCACCGCUAUUAAACGAAAAUACAAAUAAGAAUAACAAUAUUUUUAAUGUUUAUAAGCCAGAUCAGAUCAGAAGAGCGGCGUCUGCUAAUAGCCAUAAUCGUCAUCCAGUUUUUUAUAUUGGUUAAAAUGUGAUGACUGAGCUUAUUUUAUUGUUUAAUUUUUUGUUUAAUGAUUUAAUUAAAUAGAAAUUAAAUAUU